AUGUCUGAUUGGGGGCCAGUGUUGAUUGCAGUGGUGUUAUUUGUGCCAUUGAGUCCAGGCUUAUUGUUUCAGUUGCCUGGUAGACACAAAAUUGUUGAGUUUGGGAACAUGCAGACUAGUGGACUCUCUAUACUUGUUCAUACUGUCCUCUAUUUUGGAGUCAUUACUAUCUUCCUUAUUGCUAUCGGAGUUCACAUCCAUACUGGUUAA